CUUAAAAAUACUUACAGAAAUAGUAUUUAGAUUUCUCAAAAUUGUACUUAAUCUCCCUUUGAGAUGACAUUAUAUUAAGAAUGUACAGCAUACUUAUUAAAAUUUCCAUUAAUCUCCAUCAGAUCGGGCCAGGAAAUCUUAUUUGCUAUAACCCAAGAUGGCUUUUCCUAACAUUUUUUUACAUCCUAUUUUGUAACACCCUGACACCAUGUAUUAGAUGUGAAAUCACCCUGAGCACCAGAACAGCAUAGCCUACACUGCUAAGUCUGGCAGGAUCAGAGCAGGAUUUCCAUGGAGCCAGCAUGUCCAUAGUACUUAAUUUCUUAUUCAGAUGCAGAAGGAGUUGACUGUAGUGCAUACAAAACUUAGCACACAGUAGCAAACAAAAUGUAUAGCUUUGAUCUAAAAAUACAUGGUUAUUAUCUGGCUUAGGGAAGGGCAGAUUUGUGCUGCAGAUAAACAAAUGGAUGGAUGAGUAGCAGAACUGAAACAGUGCAUUUGCUGUUCACUGAAGAAACAUGCAGAUGCUCAGGAAAGAGGUGAACUAGUAACAGAGGAGGAUUUUUUGAAUAACCAUCACAGUUGUUUCCAAGUGUGAGAUUCCACCAUUAUGUCUCAAGUCAGAACCAGAUUGAAAGCUCUUCUGCUUUUUCAGGUGGGUUCUCUGUUAUUCUCAUCUUACCUCAGUAUUUAUGUAUUCUUUCAUUUUUAGGCUAUGUACAAGGAAGACUUCAGAAAUAUGACUGAAGAGAACACAGCCAGCAAUGGCUCCAUCUGUGCCUUUGCCUAUACCAACACCACAAGAGCUAUCCUGAUUACUGCCUACUCAGUUGCCUUUGCUGGAGGUGGGAUAGGGUCCACUGCAAUGUCGUUUGUGCUGGUCAAGAUGAACAGUCUGUCUGUGACCACUACAGCCAUCAUUAAUCUAGUUGUGGUACAUGGUCUCCUUCUCCUCACUGUGCCCUUCCGUCUGCACUACUAUGUCAAUAAGGAGUGGAUCUUCCACAUGCCGUUCUGUAAAAUGGUGAGUGCUAUGGUGCACAUCCACAUGUACCUGACUUUCCUAUUCUACGUGAUCACACUAGUGAUCCGGUGGUUGGUCUUCUUCCAAUGGAAGGAUAAGGUAGAGUUUUAUAGGAAGCUACAUGCCAUUGCCGCAAGUGUUGCUGUGUGGGUCAUUGUCAUUGUCUUCAUGGUGCCACUCUUCUACAUUCAGUAUGGACGCUCAGGGAUCUAUGAUGACAAAGUGUGCUUUAAAUUCCAUAAGGAGCUGAAACUGGAGAGCAUCAAAGUCCUGAACUACCUAAUAAUUGCAGCUGUCACCUUAAUUACUUCUGUUCUCCUGGGCCUGCAGAUUUUUAUUCUGGUCAAAGUAUCGAGAAAACUCUCCACCUCUCUCUGGUCACACCAAGAGUUCUGGGCCCAGGUGAAGAACUUGAUAUUCAUCUGUGUCAUCAUAAUUUGCUUCCUUCCCUAUCACCUCUUUAGAGCCCACUACAUAAAGCAUGUGAAUGACAGUGAGCAGUUGGAAAGCUACAAUGAAGUUUUUUUGUGCCUGACUGCCCUCAGCUGCCUGGAUCUGCUGUUCUUUGUGCUGAGUGGAAGCCGCCUCUUCAAACAAAAGGUUGGAAUGCUUCGAAGCAGGCUGUCCUGCUGCUAGCUCUGACUGUGUGGGGACCUGGAUAUGGAAGAGCAAAGUGCUGGAGAGGUAUGGCAAAUACACUCCUCAACACGUCAAAGGAAGCACUGGAAACAGCAUAAACUUGCUCCCAAAAAUAAUGGGGUAAACCAUCUAUCACUUCUCAGAUGGUUGACUGGGGGCCUACCUCUGGGAUUUCCUCACAGUCCUGCUUAGUGAGGAGCAGAUGCAGCUUGAAGAGAAGGAGGAAAGGGCAUGGGCUCAUCAAUUUUACAUCAAGCUUUGUGAACUCUAAGGCACCACAAUGAAACUCAAGAGAAUAUGCAAAGUGUGCUGAAACACAGACACAAAAAAAUGUAAUUUUUAAUGGAAUUUGGGGCAGAGUUUUGAAGUGUAAAGAUCCAUAACAUUUUCCACACACGUAUCUUAUUUAUUUCCUGCAAAUUCUCGUAAAAUAUUGAUGAAGCUAUUGUUCCACUUAAAUGUGUGUUACUUCAAUGUAAAGACAAGCGUAACUUCCCAAAUGUACUGAGCAACUCAAACAACUCAUUAAAACCAAACGAUCAACACAUAUUUAUUUCUUUAGAAGAUUUUCUCAGAAUCACUUCUUGGAGAUGUUAUCACUGUAACAGAAAACAGUUUUGUUCUCCUUCCCGUACUGUGAUAACAUCUCCAGCAGAAAGUAUUACAUAUCAUCACUGAAUAUUGUAUAUUUAGACUAAAAGCUACAGAACUGUUCAAUUUUUAAGAAAUAAUAAGGCUGAGAAUCAUUUUAAUUAGAUCAUUCAGGUAACAGUUGUCCUCUCUUAAAAAGUCAAAUAUUUUAUGUUUCCAUGGUAAAUGCAAAGCGUUUUUUAUUUUAACCUGUGUUGAUUUUAUGCAGUUAUCAAGUUUGUACAUAUUUACUUUUUUUUUUGUACCUUAACAUGAAAUCAAUUCUAUAAAUGUUUUACACUGGACUAGUAGAAGAAAAUAAAAUGAUACUGCUCAGAUUGGAGGGAUAGAGAAAGCUAAUGAACUGGGUCUAUCUAAAAAGCUUACUAUAUCUCAAUGACACGGUGUGAGUUGCUGUUUCUGAAGAGAGAAUUAAUCUGUACUUGAAAAGAGGAAAAAAAUCAGCAAAAUAAUUCUAUGCAAGAUAUCCAGGAUUCCAUAUCUCUUCUUUUUUACACCUAUCCCAAAAAAGACUAUAAAAUUCUGACACAAGAUGACAGUGACUGAUUUAUCUUUCUUCCUCUUGACAUCUGUAAAAGGUCGUAUUCUUAAUUUAGUCAGUAGAAUAAUAUCUUGGUAUUUUGACAAAUCGUGGGUUAGCGGCUGAUUAAUUUCCAGUGGAAAUCUUCUCUUACGAUGCUGCUGAAAUCCAUCUUAUCCUAUUUCUGAAUCUUUCCAUUUCUUGCUACUUCAUCAUCUCUUUCUCACCAUACAGCAAUCAAAUAAUAACUGUUGGAUCUCCCUGUACCUGCAUAACCUCACUUCUAUCUCACAUUGCUUUUGAUCCCCUCAGAGAGUGAUGUCCAAGAUGGUUACAUCACAGGAUCCUAUUUCUUCCAAAUUCUUGUUUUCCCUGUCUUCCUUCCUGAUUCAGGUUCUAUUGUAUCUCUCAGUAGAUCUGACUAUGAGAGGUUAUUUUCAGGUCAGUCUGAGUGCUGCUACUUGACAAUGACAAUUUGUGAUUUGGAAAUCACUGAGGUUCACAAGGGAGACAUGGGGGUGCUUGCAUGGCCCACUCUUGGAAAAUUACCUGGAUCACAACAGCUGUUAAGAGAGAAUUGCAAGAGUCUGCAGUGUGUGUGGAUCUGAAACAAAACUGUUUGAGGUGUUUGCCACAAGACCAUCAUAUUAAAGAGGAGGAGGGCCACCAGCCAUAUUGAACAGGAACUGUGAAAUUACAGAGACAUUUAGUACAAGGAAAAAGUCAGCUUGAAUGUGUAGUCCGCUGGCUGCCAAUUAACUAUGUGUCAUCAUGAAAGCAAUAAGCUACUCUGAUCCAUAUUUAGUUCAAAAAUACAUGAACAAAACAGUUUUACCCUGUAGCAGGAGAGAACUGAUAUGUCAGGUUGGGCUCAAAGAGGUUACAGGCUGGCAGCUGGUCACUAGUGGGAUUCUGCAGGGCUCCGUCUUAGGGCCAGUUCUCUUUAAUAUUUUCAUAAAUCAUUCAGAUGCAUGACUUGAAAGCAUACUAAGUGAAAUCUUCAGGUGACACUAAACUGGGAGGAGCUGUUGACUCCCUUGAGGGCAGAGAGGCCUUGCAGAGAGAUCUUGACAAAUGUGAGUGCUGGGCAGUCACCAUUGGCAUAAAGUUUAACAAGAGCACCAGAUUCUGCACCUGGGACGCAGCAACCCUGUUCCAGUGCUGGAGUUCAAGAAGCAUUUGAACAGUGCUCUCAGACACAGGGCUCAAACUUUGGGUGGCCCUGUGUUGAGUCAGGAGUUGGACUGCCAAUCCUCAUGGAUCCCUUCCAACUAAGAAUAGUCUAUGAUUCUAUGGUAUAUUACUGUUUCCUCUCGUAGCAACAUCUUUGGUGAAGAAAAAUGAAUUAUGUGCAUCCUGUAAGCACUUCAUAUCUUUGUAACGCUAUAUUAUAAACCUUUUUACAUAAUAAAGUUUUUUAUAAA